CUACGACGAGUGCUCACGACUGCUGGACAGAUCACCGAUUAAUAUGUUCCACGAUGGCUAUCAAGAUUAUACCUCAAUGCAGGCUUCAAGGAAGGAAACCAAGGCACAAAAUGAACACCUUCAAGAUCCCAUUAAGCGGAAUUGCUUCCAAACAACUCUUAAGGAUCAGCUGCUUUUGGAGUUCCCUGAUGACAUUGAGGAACACUGA